AUGUCCCGUUGGUUUUUGAUGUGGAUGUCAGUUGUAAGCCUCGUGGUGGCCAUUCCCGAGGAACACCAGUACUGCGCAGUCAGAUACAGGAGACUCUGCCAGGGGAAGGGUCGACACAUUGCCUGCCAAUUUCCUGAUGUGAUUACCAUGAGUAUACUUACUUGUUUGUUGCUACUGCAGGCUGGCCCCGGACCGUCAUGUGAACGCUACACACAAAUUAAAUUCACAAAUGAUUUGAAACAUUUCAUCACGCACUACCUAAACCGACGUCGUCAGCGCAUCGCUGCUGGAAAUGAGAGAGUACGUGGUGGUGUCCAUCUUCCGAAGCCACAAAUUAUGAUGUUAGUUGAAUGGGAUCGUGAAUUAGCACUUCUUGCUCAAAGGCUGGCAGAUCAGUGUCAUUUUGUACACGACGACUGCAGAGCUACUGGUAUGACUUUAGCCAAAGUUGGUCGAGUAAGCGCUGAGGAAGUUCGCGAGAAAUGUAGAGGAGGCCUUAAAGUCUACUUGUCCCUUGAUAUUCCAGUCCGCUACCCCUACGCUGGUCAGACAGUAGGCGAGGUACGAUGGCGUCGCUCCAGUGAUUCAGACGAGCUGAGCGCGCAGCGCGCUAUUCGACGCGUGCUGGAUGCCUGGUGGGGGGAGCGACGGCGCGUACAGCCCAAACAACUUACAGCUCCAUUUAGACUUACUGCCAAGGGCACAGUCUGGGGCCACUUCAGCCAGCUAGCAGUGUGGAACCUCCAAGCAGUUGGCUGCGGUGCCGUGCGUCACGGAGCUCAUCAUUCCCGUCUACUCCUCGUGUGCGACUUCUCCCACACAAAUAUGUUGGGACAAAGGACCCUGGUCGCUGGGCCAAUGGCUCCCUGCCCUAUACAUACUGCUAGAAGACCUAGGACAGCCUAUCCUCUACUUUGUGCACCGGUCUGCAAACGAGCAGACGGCUUACCCGACAGUAAGUAUUCAGUGCCUAUGGACACCCGCAACAACAGAGGAGUUACUAGUGCGUUGAUUCUGGGUGGCAGGAAGGAUUGGGCCUUCGGUAACCUCACUCACACGGCGAAACAAUGCUGUGGUUGUCUCACGCUGGUUUUCUAG